AUGUGGCUGCUGGCCUACAUCCCUGGUUUCGCCAAGUCCCUUACCAUUGGUCGUCACUUUGCUUUCAACAACGUUGCACCUCGACAAAAUAUGGACCGUCUUGCGCGCAAGGACAUCAAGCCGGAGCUACUGGCAAAAUUGAAGCGGAUGGAAGGAGCUCAUGCUAACGGAUUGGAGAACUUCCCUGUCUGGGCUGCAGCGGUCGUGGUAGCGAACUUAGCAGGCGUGGACCCACGGACUUUGAACGUCGCUUCUGGGCUGUACAUCUUCUUACGAGCGAUCUAUAACUACAUUUAUAUUACACAGAAAUCGGAGGGUCAAGCAGGAAUUCGGAGUCUCGUCUGGACAUUCUCUACAGCGAUUCCGUUGUUCUUGAUGAUCAAAGGCGCCAUGCUCGUCCAAGAGAGGGGCAAUUCUGUGGUGUAG